AUGUCUUGCCAACAUGUGGUGGUGCUCUCCAAAGUUUUCCCCACUCUCGACCACGACCCAGAACGCGUAGAUGGAGGACUCGAAAGAAGUGAGGCUACAUCAUUGGUUGAUUAUCUGCUCCUAAAGGUCAUAAAGCACCCAUCUGUCUCCUCGGAACGAAACGGGACACAGACUGCCACUGAGCCUACUGCAAAAACAACGGGCGAGGCUGGCGGCAAAAGGACAGGCAAGGAUAAAAAAGAAAAGAAAAAGAAGAAGGCAAAGCCACAGCGAACGGGGGAAUGGGCCACAGAUAUUGAGCGAAAGAAUGCAUCUUUCGAGCGAUACUACGAGGCCCAGAAUCUCUUUGAAGACCGAACGGAAUUAGACCUGAUGCUCGACAGUUUGAAAAGAGACUUGCCCACGACAUUUCGUGUGACUGGGAGCCGAAUAACAGCAAACGAUGUCAACGAUAUCAUCCGCAAAGUCCAUGUUCCCAAUUUGACAGGGAUCCAGCACGAAGGUGUCGACGUUGAUCCCCCAAGACCUAUUCCCUGGUACCUUGGUGGACUUGCGUGGCAGAUCAACGUCAACAAGUCGGUUGUACGCAAGCUUGUCCCCUUUCAGCAGAUGCAACGCUUCCUCGUCUACGAGACGGAGGUUCUAGAUAUGUGCGCUGCACCAGGCUCAAAGACGGCACAAAUACUGGAAGCAAUGCAUACACUGCCCUCUGGAGAACCUGUCUCGUCCCCGAGCGGAAUUAUCAUCGCAAACGAUAGCGACUACAAAAGAGCCGGAUUAUUAGUUCACCAGUCGGCUCGAUUACCUUCCCCAUCGCUCGUGGUCACCAACGUCGAUGCCUCAUACUAUCCCAACAUUUACAUAGACAACCAAGGAACGACACUCGAAUUUGACAGGAUUCUAUGUGACGUACCGUGCAGCGGAGAUGGAACUAUGCGCAAGAACGCCGUAAUCUGGAGGCAAUGGACAAUUCAAGGUGCGAAUGGACUUCACUGUCUUCAACUCCGAAUACUACAACGAGCGAUGAGAAUGCUCGCGCCAGGCGGACGGAUCGUCUACUCGACAUGUUCCCUCAACCCGGUCGAAAACGAGGCAGUCGUGGCGGCUGCUAUCAAAUCUAGCGCAGGAGAGUACCAGCUCGUCGACGUCUCGAAUCGUCUUCCCGAACUCGUCCGUCGACCUGGCAUCACUUCAUGGCAGGUGUGCACCGACAAGGACACUAUGAACAUGGAACCAUCCUUUACUGCCUACUGGGAACGCCUCAAUGACAAGCAACGAGCGGAUUCGAAGAUUGUCGAAACCAUGUUCCCGCCACAAGAAGUGCACGAACUCAAUCUCGAUCGAUGCUGGCGUAUCUAUCCACAUUUGCAGAACACUGGUGGUUUCUUCGUCGCAGUCUUGGAAAGAUCGCCCACCUACGUCCUUCCGCCUCCCAAGAAGAAACACACCAAACGACCGGUCGACGACCUCGCAAACGACUCGGAGCAGGAUGGAGAAAGGACGAGGAAGCGAGCGCGUGUCGACACCAACGUCGAGGUCACUUUGGACACGGAAAUGGCGGAUCCGACUCCUGUCGAUACCGAGCCGGGACCCGUAGAAAAGGAGAAAAAGGAAAAGGGUAAAGGGACGUACAAGGAGGAUCCCUACACUUAUGUGGACGCCAACAGCGAACUGGUGACAUACCUAUUAAAAUGCCUCCAAGUUCAGGACACGAUCAUCAACGCACGUGGAGAGACGGAAACAUUUCCACGACACAAUCUAUUCGUCCGAAACGCCGAUGCAACCACACUUCGAUCCGUCUACUUGUCCAACGACCGCGUCAAAGCAGUGCUGACAUCCAAUGAACCGAGUCGACUCCGCUUCAUCAGCGCGGGCGUCAAGUUGGCGAUACGACAAGACGCAGGUGCACGUAAAGCCAUGGCCCAGGGUGGUCCAGAUGCAGAGACUGCGCAAAAGUAUCGUGUAUUGCACGACUCCGUCUCUCAAGUCCUUCCGUUUAUGAGGCCAGAGGAUGUAAUCCAUGGAGACACGCGGUUGCUAAAAGUCUUUGUCGAGCGGAUGUACCCUCUGGCUCGCGAAUUUGCCAGCCCGUAUGGAGAAGUGUUGGGGCGUUGUGAAUUGGGCCAUCAUGUCUUGCAAAUUGAUCCAUCCAGUGCCGACUCUGAGGUUCUCAAAGGCGGAGAGUUGACGCACCCACUGAUAUUCCCCAUCUGGAAGUCGAACGUGUCGCUCAGUCUGAUGCUAGAUAAACGUGCAAAGAGUGCUCUCAGUUUACGCCUGUUUGGAGAAGACCUCACUGUGGAAGGCAAAAGGCCAGACACGCAGCAACUGGCUGAAGAAGAUGCUGAGCAAGAGGACACUGGCGAUGAAAAGAGUUGA